UUGGUCAGUCGAGUACCGCCGGACUAGAGUAUUUUUUGAAAUAAUUUGGCACAGCGCGCGCUAUUUUUUUAAUAUAUUUUUUUUGCGUGAAGCGUAGAGUUAUUGGACUGAAUUUUUGGACAUAUUUAUUAGUGUUGUUAGUGAAAAAUAUUGCUGAAAAAGCUUGGAUGCUAAAUUUGAAUAAAAAAGGUGAAAGUUCCUACCAUGCAGAUAUACUACUGUACCAAUCGUAUCACCAAUCCUGAAGAGAAAACAUCAAUUUUGAUCCUCUAAAGAAAUUUUAUUUGGUUGAAUUCAGCACACCAAAAUGACGGAUUGCUCUUCCAAACAAUAACAUCAUAAUAACAUGCAUUCAGUGAUGAAAGUUUCGUGGUUUUGUAGCUGAUUCUACACCUAGUAACACAGUUAAAAAUCGUGUCAAAUCGUGUCAAAGUACGUGACUUAAAAGUACGUGUUAUACUACAAUAUAAUCGAUAAGGACUAAAUCAGGACUGUACGCUGUACAAUUGUGGUGUAGUGCGAAUUUCAAUGAGAUAGAGUAGUUGUAAAAUGACCGUAUCGGCUAUGGAUAAUGGAAAGAACCACAGAAGAAGCUCAUGGGAUUCUAGGACUACUUGUAGUACUGUCAGUGCAAACACCAGAAGGUACAGAAGAUCGCCCAGCUCAAUCCUGUCGUCAGAUUCAGACAUCAGGUUCACCAGAGGAAAGCUAACAUCGCAAACGAGAUGCGGAUGCUGUAUUAUAGCUACUUUCUUGCUGUUCCUGUUGCUAGCAGCCGCGUCGGUAUAUGUAGGAUAUACAUAUUUCUUGCCAGAAAUUCCUGGCGAGGAAAUAUACAGGGCGACGUUUAAAGUGGUGGCAGGAGAUGCAUUCUCCACAGAACUGGCUGAUCCCAGCACGAAGAAAUUCAAAGACACGUCAAGAGAUUACAAGGAAAGACUGAACUUACUAUUCAGAAGAAGCAUUAUUAAGCAUGGCUAUAGAGGAACAGACGUCAUAGCUUUAGAUGGCACGGAAGACAAGGAUCUGAUAGUCCAUUUUGACAUUAAAAUAGAUCCAUCCUACGUCAGCAUUAAGGCUCAAAAUUUAGAAUCGAUUUUAGCCAAUGAAAUUUCAGUAGAAGAGUCCCUGUACUUCAAAAACUUGACAAUAGAUCCCAAAAGUCUGGAAGUCAAACCAAGUGAUGCCAUUCCACAAAUGUACACUACUACAACAGCUGAUCCAACUGUCCUACCUGACUCUAUCGUAACUUUGUCACCUCAUCUACCAAGAUCAUGCACUAACCUCCAGUUACCGUACUGUAAUAAGCUGGAUUACAAUAAAACUACGUAUCCAAACUUUCUGGGACACAAGAACAUAAAGGAAGUAACAGAUGACGUCAUCGCUUUCAGGGAAAUUGUGGACUCGGAAUGCUACAGACAUGCCUACGAAUUUGUUUGUCAGCUGCUACAGCCGUCUUGUAGUAAAGGACACGAAGAAGAUGAAAUGAUGCUGCCUUGUAGAGGAUUUUGUAGAGAGUUUAUUUCGGGAUGUGGCAAUAGACUGUCGGAGAAAUUCAAGAGUUUGAUAGACUGCAACAGGUUUCCAGAAGUUGGCAGUGGUGAAUGGUGUUUACCUAAACCCGGUUGUGUGGAUGAACUGAAGUCUAAAGCUCUGUCCCCACGUAUUUGUGACGGUGUCCUGGACUGUCCCGACCUUUCUGACGAAGUUUCUUGUACAUACUGUCCACAAAACUACCUGCAUUGCGGCGUGGGAAGGUCAUGCAUCAGACGUGAGCAACAAUGCGAUGGCAAAGAAGACUGUCCCGAUGGCAGUGAUGAACGAGGUUGCUUAAGUUUGAUGCCCCACAUGGAAAAUACGAAGAAGAGUAUUACCAUGACACCACAUCACAUCAAAUACCAAGAAAACGGUUAUGUAACAUUUAACGAAAAGGGUACUACAGGCAGAUUAUGUACCGAAAAUCUCAACAGAACUCUGUCUCAAAAUAAAACUGAAGAAGUACUGAGAACAGUCUCGGUGUCAUUGUGCAGGUCUCUAAGUUACCAAGAUGUCCAGUCUUACAAUGUUGUCAAAGAUACAGCUGAUAAUGUUCAGUACGUCAAAAUUAGAGAUCCUUUUGCGGAUGAUAUAUCUUUUCUUAAGACCAAAUGUCAUUCCAGACAGGUGCUGAAGGUGUCUUGUGAGGAUUUAGAAUGUGGAAUACAAAGUACUCAUACCAAAGCAACCAGGGUUUUGCCUAAAAUGUCCACCCAUGGUGACUGGCCUUGGCACUGUGCUCUAUUCAAGGAAGAGGUUCACAUCUGUGAUGGUGUGCUCUUGUCAUCAAACUGGAUAGCCACUACAGUGUCCUGUUUCCAGGGUCAGCCCAAGGCGGAGUGGACUGCCAGAUUUGGUGCCGUGAGACUUUCUAGUUCGUCACCAUGGGAACAAGAAAGAAGAAUCAUAGGAAUGGUUAAGUCUCCAGUAGAGGGCAGUACCGUAGCCUUGGUACGACUGGACCAGCCAAUAUCUUUCAACGAUUUCGUCCGUCCAAUCUGCAUUCCUCAGGAAAAUCUUGGACUGUCGCCAACGAUCCAAUGUAACACUCUGGGCUGGGCUAAGAACAGGGAACAAAUGCAACGGGUCCAAGUAAAAAUAACUGACAAAGAAAAAUGCGAGAACGUCAGUAUAUCGAGUGUUAACAGUGUUUGCACUGAAACACUACAUGGAAUGGAUGAUUGUAGUGAAGAAGAGUUUGCUGGUAGUUCUAUGGUAUGCAAGAUGCCCAAUUCUGACAGAUGGACCUUGGUAGGAAUAACCAAUUGGCGAAUAGCGUGUGCGAAAAACGGCAUGGGCAGACCCAGGAUGUACGAUAAGAUAUCCUCCAAUGUAGAUUGGAUCAGAGAAACAAUCACUAGUUCAAACAAUACCUAGAAAAUUCACAUCACUUUAAGAAAAAUGAAUAAAGAAAUUAGUGCCAAAAUUUUUUGACUUGCUGAGGAUGAAUUUGUGAUAGAAAAAGUGCAGAACAAUUUAGUGAACAUUGAUUUAAAUGAACAAUACGAUGAUAUGAGUAAAGUGUCCAGAUUUUGAGUCAGCCAAUGACAAAAAUCAAACCGCGGAUAUAUUUUUCAAGAAUAUUGCUGGCAUAUGAUGUCAUUUUUACAUGAGUUUGAAUAGGAGUUUGAAUAUAAGUAUUUUUUAGUUGAAAAAAACUAAAAACUUCAAAAAUACAAUGGAAACAUUAAGAUAAUCAUUCUGCCAAAACUCUCAAGAUUAUCUCUCUCUUCCUUUUUAAUACAGGGUAGGUCUUAAAUAAGUGCAAAUACUUUCAGGGUGAAGAAAUACGAUUAUGUUUUUUUUUCGCGAAAAAUAACUUUUUAGAAUCUUUUUGU